AUGUCGAGUUCAUGGGCUCCAAACGAAACGCACUAUCAGAUGGACAUGGAGAAGAUAUGGCUUCAAGCAAGCAUCAUGGAAACCCUGCCUUACGGCGUUGAGCUAACGCUCUUCGCCAUGUGCGCCAUCACCCUACUUCAGAACCUGGACCGGUCCAACUUGAGGCGACAACUUUACCUGUUGACGUUCAUCACAGUCAUUUUCGGAUUGGGAACGAUAUGCAACUUUAACACGAACGUUUUUCCUGAUGAAGCCUUCAUCGAAUACCGAAACUUCCCGGGAGGACCGGGCGCGUUCUUAAGCGCCAUGUUUUCCGACACCGUCGGAUUGGUGAACAGCGUGUCUUGGGUAGUGAGUAAUUGGCUCCUGGACUUAUUCUUGAUCUGGAGAUUCCUCAUCAUCUACGGAGACUUCAACCGGUCAUGGCUGCGGGUGCUGCUACUGUUUCCCGGUAUCAUGGUUUUGACGUCAAUCGGUAUGUGGAUACACAAGUCCAAUGACUCAUCGAACUCCACACCAUUCGUAGUUGCGAACCUCACUCUUUCGUUCUACGUGAUCUCGCUUGCAGCGAACAUCAUCGUGACGAUCUUGAUUGCGGGCCGUCUGCUUGUCUAUCGACACCACGUGAAGAACGUUCUCGGCGCGCACCACGCAAACUUCUACGCCAACGUCGUGGCGAUCUUCGUCGAAUCUGCGGUGCUUUACUCGGUCUUCGCGUUGACAUUCCUCAUUACAUUCGGGUUGAACAAUCAAGUCUCCGACUUUUUUCUCAACUACGUGAACAACAUCCAGGCGAUCAGUUCUUUCCUCAUCAUAUAUCGAGUUGCGACGGGGAAAGCAUGGACCGAACACACCACCGACGUGCAGAUCAUGGGAAGUACCCGCAGCAACUCAAUCAAGCUAAGGCCCCCCACGAGCAUUCAAUUUGCUCACAACACCUCUGCGGACAUCACAGACUCGAUGCAGAUCUCGAGCAAAGAUUUGGGUAUCGUGAUUUCAGCAAAAAUUGAGCAAGAUAAAAGAGGUGAUCACAAUGUGUAG